AUUUAAUCAUUUUCACCUUUUUCACAAGGGCCCACAACUGAUUCAGUAUACAGAACUGACAGUUUGAAGAAUACAACUGAUUGAGAAGCUCCCUAGCUCUCUGAGCCACAAACUGCUAGAUAUUCUUGUAACACAUGAUUUUAAGACACUAAGGAGUUAAAGCCUCAGAUUAGCUCUGCUGGAAGGAACAAGCUGACAGCAUCCCAAGAAGAUGCUACAUAGAAUAACCACGAAAAGGAAAAACUAGAACUGUAAACGCCUGAAGACCAACUGGGGAGUGUUCUUAAAGGAAGAUCUCACACUUUAAUAUAGCAGGAUUAUGGACAUUAUUGAUUCUGCAAGAAACGGGAAAGCAAAACUUCAAAAAAGGAAAAUGCCAUGAUAUACCAGCAAGCAAAAUGAAGCUUUAGCAAAUGUUUUCUGCACUAUUCAGAGUCCUAUCAACUGAUAUGACUAAUCGAGUUUUCCAUCUGAGCUUUAUGGCCAAUUAUGUAUCUUCUUCUAAUGAGAACAAACCGAAUUAAAUAGCAGAUGGUUUUUAUCAAAAGAGCAUGUACUGGAUUUAUAAUAUAAAGCAAAUUAUGUGAUCAAGAAAUCAUUUCAAAAUAAUGAGAACUGCUGCAGAAACAGACUGGAAACAAAUGGAUAUCUAAAUGCAUUUUAGAAGCUAGAAAUGUUAUGGGUUUUUUUUUUCUAUUUUCACAUAUUCUGGAAAAUAAAAAGACACAAUCUUAUAUUCUUUCAAAAAGAAAAUACAAUUUCUAUCAUUUGAUGGAGUCUUAUUUGCCGGAAAAUUAUGUGCUAUUCUUUAAAAAUCCAUCAACCAACUAAACCCCACAAGUCAUCAACUGAAACACUCAAACAGCAAAUGAAUGAAUUCCUACAAGACAUAAAAUAAAACACAACUACUCCACUGCUACCAGGGAAGAAUUCAUGUCAAGAUUGUCAAUGACAUCAUGUAUCAAUUUGUGGAAAACUACCAUGGUGAGCCAAAAGGCCCAUAAGGCAACAGCAAACAGGAGAAAUACCAGCUGCUCCAAAAGGAUGUGUUUUUCUCCUGUUCUGGAAAUCAACAUGCAGUCUGAAUCAAACAUUACAGUGCGAGAUGACAUUGAUGACAUCGACACCAAUAUGUACCAAGCACUAUCAUACCCAUUAAGCUUUCAAGUGUCUCUCACUGGAUUUCUCAUGUUAGAGAUUGUGCUGGGACUUGGCAGCAACCUUACCGUAUUGGUACUUUACUGCAUGAAAUCCAACUUAAUCAAUUCUGUCAGUAACAUUAUUACCAUGAAUCUCCAUGUCCUUGAUGUAAUAAUCUGUGUGGGAUGUAUCCCCCUAACUAUAGUGAUCCUUCUGCUCUCACUGGAGAGCAACACUGCUCUCAUCUGCUGUUUCCAUGAAGCCUGUGUUUCCUUUGCAAGUGUUUCAACAGCGAUCAACGUUUUUGCUAUCACUCUGGACAGAUACGACAUCUCUGUAAAACCUGCAAACAGAAUCCUGACAAUGGGCAGAGCUGUAAUGCUAAUGACAUCCAUUUGGAUUUUCUCUUUCUUCUCAUUCCUGAUUCCCUUCAUUGAAGUAAAUUUUUUCAGUCUUCAAAGUGGAAAUACGUGGGAAAACAAGACACUGCUGUGUGUCAGUACGAGUGAGUACUAUACCGAGCUGGGGAUGUAUUACCACCUUCUGGUUCAGAUCCCCAUCUUCUUCUUCACAGUUAUAGUGAUGCUGAUCACAUACACCAAGAUCCUCCAGGCUCUUAACAUCCGCAUAGGCACCAGAUUCUCAACAGGGCAGAAGAAGAAAGUCCGGAAGAAAAAGACAAUCUCUCUAACCACACAUGAGACCACAGACAUGUCACAAAGCAGUGGUGGAAGGAACGUCGUCUUUGGUGUGAGAACUUCAGUUUCUGUGAUAAUUGCCCUCCGGCGAGCUGUGAAACGCCACCGGGAACGACGAGAAAGGCAGAAAAGAGUCUUCAAAAUGUCUUUAUUGAUUAUUUCUACUUUUCUUCUUUGUUGGACACCAAUUUCUGUUUUAAAUACCAUCAUUUUAUGUUUAGGCCCAAGUGACCUUUUAGUAAAGCUAAGAUUGUGCUUUCUAGUCAUGGCUUACGGAACAACGAUAUCCCACCCUCUCUUGUACGCAUUCACCAGACAAAAGUUUCAAAAGGUCUUAAAAAGUAAAAUGAAAAAGCGGGUUGUUUCUAUAGUUGAAGCUGAUCCCAUGCCUAAUAAUGCUGUAAUACACAACUCAUGGAUAGAUCCUAAAAGAAACAAGAAGGUUACCUAUGAAGACAGUGAAAUAAGAGAGAAAUGUUUAGUACCUCAGGUUGUCACAGACUAGGGAGAAUCUAAGUUUCACCAAAUCUACAUUCAGAAGAGUUUUAAGUUUAAAUUGUAAAAACUGAUAACUGCCAAAUGUAAGAGAAAACAUUCUCAGUAUUGGUUAUGUUGUAAAUUUUCAAUGUGAAUGUCAAUUAGAUUAGGUUAUAUAUACGCAAUUUCUUCAUUAUUUAAUGUAUUUGUUGCAUGGCAGUUUGUUAAAAGUAAUAUCAUCUGUAUAUUUUGUCAAUAUUAUGUCCAUCAGAAGAUAUCCAUGUAAGUCAUAUUUUCUAACAAAUAAAUACAUAGCCUUAAAAGAGUGUAUAACUUUAAAAUGUAACUGACACAGAUAUCUACAUUUUUUAAAAAUAAUGUAUGAAGUCUAUUAUUUCUAAGCCACGAAUUACAGAUAUAUUUAUAUGCUGACAAGUUGCAUAAUGUUUAACAAAAAAAAUUAUAGGCUCAAAACAAUCAAAGCAAGAUUUUCUGUAUCACUAUGCUAUAUUUCUGAUAUGAUUGACUUGUAAUAAUAUUUUAACAACAAAAUAAUGGACUAUAUAUAAACUUAAUCUUUCUUUUGAAUGUAGGAAAUAUAGACUAUAUUAGUAUUUCAAAACCAGGAAUCAAUGAAUAAAUAAGACCUGUAUGUGUACACCAAAAUAGGGAAACUUUAAAAUUCAAGUUUAUUAUGCAAAGAAAAAAGAUUGAAUUCUUUUACAAGGGUAAUAUGCCUAUCAUACAAAUGAACCAACAAUAAAAGGAGGGAAGAAAGCCCUGUUGCUCCUCCCUCAUUUUGCCUGAGUCUACACCCAAUGUCCGAGGUUAAAGAAAACAUCGGUCUUAAAAAGCUGCAAUAAAAUAAUUUUUAGCUUUACUAUUUUGUAUAAGAGACACUAAUCAUACAAAUAGAAAGACUGAGCAGAGGAAAAGAGAAUCGUUUCUGUCGCUGUAGAAACACAGCCAGAUGUUUCUAAUUUUAGAUACAUAGCAACUUAUGUGAGGCAGAAUUUAUACAAUGUUCCUUCCCAGCCUUCAAAAUAUAGCAGCUCUGUUUCCACUCUCCAGGUGAUUAAAACAACCCUAACAGUUGGCACAUUUCUAUUCCACCACCACGUAACAUAACUUAAACAUUUUUCUCUCAAAUCCUCAAUUCUUGUUAGAAAAUGUUUACUAGUUCUAAUUAUAGAUUAUAUGGAUUAUGAAUAUUUUCAUAGCAAACAAACAUUUCUCACUUGUUAUAAUAAUCUGGCAAUAUGAAGUAAUACCAAAAACUUAGCAAUGACUUAUUUAAAAUAGGUAAGUACCUGCUAUAAGCAACUUGUUAGCUUGACAAUAUUCUAUAUUUUAAAUACUAUAUUCAUUAAAUGAAGUAAUAUCUUUAAAUUUAAAACCUCAUAUUAGACAACUCAAUAUAUGCCUACAUAUAUAGUCACUUUUAUACAAAUAAAUGAGAUUCAUUUAAUCGACUUUACUGACUAGCCAGACCCUGGGGAAAUGAGUGAUACAUGAGCUUGAAAUCAUUAAUGUUUCUGGCAAAUUAAACUGAUUCAUUUCUGAUGAUAAAACUAGACUGUCAAAACUUGGCAAAGGCCCACUUUCCUCCUGCUUUAUGAAGUAAGAGAAAUGCUGCAGUUUGACAAAAUAUAAUCAAAUAAAAAAUUUUUGAAACCUAAAACUAAGACUUAAUGGUGUUAAAAAAUUUUUCACUCAAAUAAAUGCAUUUAGCCUACAAUAUCUUCUAAGACCUUAACUAAAACUUAUAAUGCAUUUUGUACUUGGACUUCCAAGAAUAAGUUAAAAUAUUAGAACUUAGAGUUAUAAAAUCUUAAUUUUAAAAACUAGACUACUUUUAGUCUAGUUCAUGUUAAGAAAAUCCUCCACUGGGUUUUCAGUAUUUUUAAUCAUAAGGUUUAUAAGCAUUCCAAAUAAUUUAGUAUAAAAACUAAUUUCUUCCAUGUUGGCCUAAGAAGUUUUCAUGAAUUCUGAUCUUCUGUAUUAGGAAACGAAUUAAUAGCAAACUCUACCUUUGCCCUGUAAGCUGCUAUGUGUCCAGGAAUGUCAGAGUGAGCAAUGAUGCAUUUUGCCUACUCUAAUGGCCCUUUUAGGAUACAAAAGUACACCUACUGACUUACAGAAAACAAAAUCUAUACCUGUUCACACCUUAACAGAAACCUCAAGUGGCAUUUAAUGUGUUAAAUAGUAUAUAAUGUGUGCAAAGCUGGGUAAAAAAGAAAGUACAAACAUCUGAAACUGUUGAUCUCUUGG